GGAAGUUUUCACACAACAGAAGCUUUAAAGUAUGGCACAAAAAUGGUAGGAGGUGUAAAUCCAAGAAAAAAAGGAACAUUAUGGAAAAGCAAUGAUAAUAAGUAUACAUUGCCAGUUUUUGGAUCAAUUUUAGAAGCUAAAGAACAAACUAAUUGUUAUGCAUCAGUUAUAUAUGUUCCUCCUGAACAUGCUAAGAAUGCAAUUAUUGAAUCAAUAGAAUCUGAAAUUCCUUUAAUUGUGUGUAUAACUGAGGGAAUAUGUCAACAUGAUAUGAUUGAAGUAAAAAAUUGCCUUAAUAUGUCAAAAAAAAGUACUUUAAUUGGUCCUAAUUGUCCUGGUAUUAUAAAACCAGGGGAAUGCAAAAUUGGAAUUAUGCCAUCACAUAUUCAUAAAAAAGGAUGUGUUGGAAUUGUAAGCAGGAGUGGAACAUUAACAUAUGAAGGAGUAAAUCAAACAACAAAAGUUGGAUUAGGUCAAUCUACUUGUAUAGGAAUAGGAGGAGAUCCAUUUCAUGGCACAAAUUUCAUUGAUUGUCUUAAAUUGUUUCUAGAAGAUGAUGAAACAAAAUGCAUUUUAUUAAUUGGAGAAAUUGGUGGGAAUGCAGAAGAACAAGUAGCUGAGUGGUUAAUACAAAAUAAUGUAGAUGAUGGGAAAAGAAAGAAAAAACCAGUUUUUGCAUUUAUAGCUGGAAAAUGUGCUCCUCCUGGAAAAAGAAUGGGUCAUGCAGGUGCAUUAAUUAGUGGUGGUAAAGGAACAGCGGAUGAAAAAAUUGAAGCUCUCAGAAGUGCAGGUGUUCAUACUAUUACUAAUCCUACACAAAUGGGAAGUGCAAUUUAUUCCAUAAUGAAAGAUUUAUAA